UAUUAUUCAUUUAUUAUUGAAAUAUAUGUUUGUAUAACAUCAUUAAAUACAUUAAUGUGCAAUUAAAUAUUUCUAUUAAACAACGGCAGAUUAAAAAAAACAUAAUAAUAACAUUAUUGUUUGUAAAUUUUGUACAUAUUCUUGAUUUUUUGAAAUAACAUUAAUCAUUUAAUUCAUGGUCAACAAAUAUUUUGUCAAUUGUAAUGGAUGAUAGUGUUGAAGACAAAAUAAUAUAUCAAGUUUAUUUGACACACAUGAAGUUACUAUCAUCAAAACUGACAUCAGCUAAGAACAAAGUUAACUCUUUUUACAACAUGUGGAAAUAUAUGCAAUUUUAUUUUACCAAACCAGAAGUAAUAUUUUUUUUAGCAUUAAUACUUUGUUUACUGUUUUUCUCCGGUAAUUUAUUUCAAAGCACAAAUGGAUUUUUAAAAAAAAUUAAUCGAAGUCUGUCAUUCAUUGGUUUUAAUGAUUUUCAACAAUUAAUGGUUGAUGAAAAAGAUGCACUUAGUAAAAACUGGAAAUUUGAUGGUAAAAAUGUUGCUCUAUAUGCUAUCAAAGGUCGACGAUCACAAAUGGAAGAUAGAUAUGUCAUAAAAACUAAUAUUAUGAACACUGGUAUAUCAUUAUUUGCUAUUUUUGAUGGACAUGGUGGUGAAUUUGCUGCAGAAUAUGCAACUACACAUUUAAUGAAAAAUCUUACAAACAAAGUUAUUGAAGUAAAAAAAUUGCUCGAUCAAAAAACUGAUAUAACCGAAGAACUGAAAAUAUUUAAUUCAAAUACACCUGAAAAUUUAACACCAAAAAUGAAAACAAAAAUUACUAAAAUUGAAGAACUUACGCCUACAAAAAUGAAACCUACAGUUUCUGCAGAUGAUAGCGUUAUUAGUCUCAAUAAACAUAAACAAGACCCUCUAAAUUUAAAAAAAGACAUAACUACAUUAAAAAAUGUUGAUGAUGAGAUCAUAAAUCCUUCUUCAUAUUUACAAAAAGAUGGAAAUAUUAAUUUUUCAAAAAUAUUGAUUGAUGAAGUUCUAGCUGCUGACAAACUAUUAAUUGAAGCAGCAAAAUUAACUUAUGAUAUUGCCGGUAGCACAGCACUCAUUGUUUUAGUUGAAGGCACUACAUUAUUUGUUGCAAAUGUUGGAGAUUCAAGAGGUGUUAUGUGUGAUAAGAAAGGAAAUGCUAUACCAUUAUCAUUUGAUCAUAAACCUCAACAAAUGCGAGAAAAGAAACGUAUUGCCGAAGCUGGUGGUUUUAUAUCAUUUAAUGGUGUUUGGAGAGUUGCCGGUGUAUUAGCUACUUCUAGAGCACUUGGAGACUAUCCUUUAAAAGAGAAACAAUUUGUUAUUGCCAAUCCAGAUGUUUUAACAUUUGAUUUAUCACAUCAUGAUCCACAAUUUAUAAUACUAGCAUCAGAUGGCUUAUGGGAUACAUUUACAAAUGAAGAAGCUAUAGAUUGUAUUAAAAAACAUAUAGAUGAUUCAUUUUACGGAGCCCAAUACUUAACAAUACAAUCAUUUAAUAGAGGAUCGCUAGACAACAUUACUGUACUAGUCAUUAAAUUUCCACCUAUAUGGAGUAAAGAAUCACAAGUAGUUGAUCAUGGUGGUAGUAAAUAUUAAUUGUUAAACAUUAUAGGCAUAUUUAACACAAUAGGAACAUUUUGUAAUUUUUUUUACCUUUAAAGCUAAUAUAAUCUUGUAUUUAAUCGAUUACCCACCUAUUUUAGUGACUUAUAUUAAGAAGUUAAUCUUUGGUUUUUUUUCAAUAUAACUGUUAUGUUUACUGUUUUGUAUAAUUUAAAUUAAUAAAUGUUGUAUUUCAAUGAAUA